CCGGCUCGCCCCACCGCACCGUCGGCACGGCGCCAGCCGCAGCGCUGAGGGCAGCGGGGCAGCCGCCGCUGAGGGCAAGGCCAGAAAACAAUGCAGUCAUCAGGGCACAGAUUCCGCGAUGUUGAGCACCACCCACUUCUUGCUGAAAAUGACAACUAUGAUUCCUCUUCCUCAGAGGCUGACAUGGCAGAGAGGGUUUGGUUCAUCCGAGAUGGCUGCGGUAUGGUCUGUGCUAUCAUGACAUGGCUUCUGGUUGUCUAUGCAGACUUCGUAGUGACUUUUGUCAUGUUGCUGCCUUCCAAAGACUUUUGGUACUCAGUGAUCAACGGUGUUCUCUUUAACUGCUUGGCAGUACUAGCUUUGUCAUCGCAUCUGAGAACGAUGCUGACUGAUCCAGGGGCUGUACCCAAAGGAAAUGCCACUAAAGAAUACAUGGAUAAUUUGCAACUGAAACCAGGGGAAGUGAUCUACAAAUGUCCAAAGUGCUGUAGUAUCAAACCUGAACGUGCACACCAUUGCAGUAUUUGCAAACGAUGUAUUCGAAAGAUGGAUCACCACUGCCCAUGGGUGAAUAAUUGUGUGGGGGAGAAAAAUCAGAGGUUUUUUGUUCUGUUUACGAUGUAUAUAGCCCUAAUUUCAGCUCAUGCGCUCAUACUGUGUGGUUUUCAGUUUUUCUCCUGUGUCCGAGGGCAGUGGACUGAAUGCAGUGACUUCUCCCCACCUGUAACUGUGAUCCUGAUGAUCUUCUUGUGCCUUGAGGGUUUUCUGUUUCUCACUUUCACUGCAGUCAUGUUUGGCACCCAGAUCCACUCAAUAUGCAAUGAUGAAACGGAGAUCGAAAGACUGAAGAGUGAAAAGCCAACAUGGGAGCGAAGACUACGCUGGGAAGGAAUGAAAUCUGUUUUUGGGGGUCAGCCUUCACUCCUGUGGAUCAAUCCUUUUGCAGGAUUUCGAAUCAGGCGACUUCUACUGAGAGCAAAGAAAGGAGGACCCGAGUUUUCUGUUUGAGUCUAGUUAUGCUGGAACUUAGGGGAAUACUAUAUAAUAUUUAUUUUGGGGCCAGAAAAGGCUGUCUACAUAUAAUCUGUGACCAGGUGAAACUGAUAUCAGACAUUUGCUUGUAGCAAGCAGAGUUUUAUACGUUUAUUGUUACAGACAUCUCAUUAACUUUCAGAGACGUGAACUGGAUCUGUAAUGGUCUUAACAGCAAGAUAACAAAGGAAAAGCACGUGGUCACACUAAAGAAGCCAAAUGUUGUCAUGCUACUGUAAUUUAUUUUGAGAUUUAGUUUUUGUUAAAACCUGCUUAUUUGAUAAAUGUUUGGGGAAUUACCUGUGUGUUUUUAUAAAAAGUAUAUACUUAGGUGCAGUUGUCAAUCAUAAGGAGAAGCAUUAUGCUGAAAGUUGAUCUCAAAUGAGACCUAGCCUUCUAAAUCUAGUUUUCAGGGAAAAGAAAGCAGUUUGCUCAGUUUUAAUUUUUAUUUCGGCUUGUCCUGAUAAACAGAGCUGUACACUCAUGUCCCACUUCAGACACACAUUCCUUAUAUGCAAGUGAUUCAAAGGACUGGUGCACACAACAGCGUAACACAUGAGAGGCACUCUUACACCCCUGCCAGAUGUCUUCCCAGGCUCACAAAUACAUGUCUUGUGUUUGGCAGUGUUAAUCAUAGAAUCAUAGAAUAGUUAGGAUUGGAAAGGACCUCAAGAUCAUCUAGUUACAACCCCCCUGUUAAUCUCAUAUGACAUUUAGGUAAGCCCUAAAUCUUCAAUAAACACAACUUUUGACUAAUGGCUGUGGUCCAGAUUCUGCCCUCAGAUACACGUCUCCAGUUCUUAAUGCAUUGAUUCUAGAGGAACUUAAGUGUAGAUGUUUGGGGAUUGUGUCUAGUCCUCUGCAGGGAUGACUGGAGCCAGUAACUGUAACCUCCUGUGUGAGAUUAAAAUUAAUGUACUGCAGAUUGGAGACAAUUCGCAGAGAACAACUGUCUUUGUAAGGUCUUGCUCAGCCCCUUUUUUUCUUGUACAGACUUUACAUAGAAGGAAAGCUGUUAAUGAUCCCUUAAACAAAGACAUCAUAGGAAAGCAGAAUGUGCUUUCUCAAGUACAACAGAUCGUAAAUGUAGAAAGAUUUGCAGUCCUGGGUGACAUGGCUUGGUGUGUGGUGUAUCUGCCCAUGGCAGGGGGGUUGGAACAAGAUGAGCUUAAGGUCCUUUCCAACACUAACUAUUCUAUGAUUUAGAAUUUAACCAUUUUCCAACUAAAACUAUGAAAAAAUUAGAGCAAUAUACAUCUAGAACUGCUUUACAUGGGCCUGACAAACAACAGUAUUGCUAAGAAAUGUUCAUAAAUUUUCACAUACAGAAAUACAACCUGCAAGUAAUGAAAUUCAGCUAAAAGUGGAUUCUUUAAAAAUUACAUUUAGGCUAUUUUUUUGUAUUAUUGUUAAUCUGUUCUAUAAAUUGCAAUAUAAAUUAUAAAGCAGGAGCCUUGAUGCAUAGCUUGAAAUUGUGCCUAGAAAGUAAACAGCUCCCUGUUCUGGGACUUGCCUUAAAAUUGUCCUGUUCUUGCUUUUGGUUUGCCAGUAGCACUGAUGAUCUGUCCCACCUUAAGCAGUUCAAUGUGCUGAAGAAUUUUUCUUUAUAAAGUUUAUGUACUACAGAACUUAUAAUUAAUUUAUUCAGUGACCUGCUUCUUCAGUUCUUUGUAACUGUGUCGUCUUGAUUUCAGCUUUAUCAGGUUUUAUACCACUGGGUGGGUGAAAUUACUAAGAGAGCCAUUUCUUAUCUGUGGCCCUGCCAGCAAAACAUCGCAAUACUACGUAAUGUGUUCACUCUGCCUGAGAGGGUUGAUGGGUUAAGACUAGAGAACUUAUAGGUGGAUAUAUCCAAUGAAAUUGCAGUAAAAUCAACAAAACUGUCUCAUGUAACUGAGAAGGAAGUUGGAAGUUCCACAAGAAUCUUUGCAUAUUCAGUUGCACAUCUUAAAAGAUUGGGAAGAAAUGUGUCGGGCUUUUUCAUGAGGCUCUUAAUGUGUAUAUUAUUUAAUAAAAAGUCCUGAUGAAAGUCAGAAGAUAUCACUUCAAGCAGUUCAACCCUGUGAUUUAGCAAGUGUGUGCGUGUGAAAUCAGGUUUAUUUGGCUUUUUGAACCCUUGUUACAUUGUAAUUUUUUUAAUGUAAAAAAAUAAAGUAAUAAAUUGAAGUCUUAGUUGAUU